UUGCCUCCCCCCCACACACACUAUUAUUUGGAUGGGAGGUAUCAAGAUGGAGGAGCCGUGGUGGAAAGGAGACCUUGCAGCAGAGAUUCACCGGACUCUGAGACUGAAGGAGCUGAAACUGCCUGUGUACAAAGCUCAUUCUUCACAAAUGGGGAUGCGGCGCUAUUUGGCUGACCUCUUGACUAUCCUCAGCAGCCGCUGCCAACUCUGUCCCACGGCCCGGCAUCUUGCAGUCUACUUGCUGGACCUCUUUAUGGAUCGCCAUGAUGUUGCCGUCAAACAACUAUGCGUCAUCUCAAUGGCUUGCCUCCUCCUUGCAAGCAAAUUUGAAGAAAAAGAGGACAGGGUGCCAAAACUGGAGCAGCUGAACAACUUUGCUUACAUGUGCCGCCUCAACUUGACGCUUACGAAAAAAGAUCUGCUGAAGAUGGAGCUGCUCCUCUUGGAAAGUUUCAACUGGAACCUCUGCCUGCCAACGGCAGCACACUUCAUUGACUACUACCUCUUGGCCUCUGUUAGCGAGGCUGACCUACACAGUGGCUGGCCUGUCACAUCCGUCACCAAAGUCAGAGCUUUCAUGGAGAAAUAUGCUCACUAUUUCCUGAAAGUCUCCCUGCAAGAUCACAUUUUCCUCUCCUUCCAGCCUUCUCUGGUUGCUGCUGCUUGUGUCGGUGCCUCCCGCAUCUGCCUUGAGAUAUCUCCAUCUUGGACCACACAACUCGAGCUACUGACAUGUUAUUCCUGGGAGAAUCUUGCUGUGUGCAUAGAAAUGAUGCUCAUAGCCCACGACAAGGACAUCAAAGAAGCCAGUAAGGAUCACAUGACACUUCUGCAGCGGCAGCAAGUUGUGGAAAGUCUAGUCUUGCAGACCCCCACACAAGUCCUCUUUCAGCAGUCAAGAUAUCACCCCGUGACACCCUUGACGCAGCACUCAGUACUCCUCUCACAGUUCCACUCUCCAAUACAGGACCUGUGCUCUGCUUACCGGGACUCUUUACAGGCUCUACAAUCUAGCAGCCUUGCUUCAGGGAAUACCAGUAGUUCACUGUGCUCCUACUCCACGUUACCAACCAGCUUUCAGCCUGUUGUGCAAACUGUGUCCUUUCAAGUGCCUGUUACUAUGCAGGUUGCCAUUUCCACAGAGCCCAGGCACUGUCUCUCUCUAACAUAUGGCAGCAGUUAUUUCAGCAGGCAUCAUUCAUAUGCAGCAGGUUGUUUUGAUGGCUGAAAGGUAGCAAGAGGAAUUGGUCUUACAUACCACUGAGGCUUUGCUUCCUAUGCAAACCAGGUGCACCUAUGACAUGACAAAAGUUCCAUCCUGAAACAGCUUUGCUAGAGCUGAGCCAGUCUUAUCAGCAAAGCUGGGUUUUGCUUUUAAAGUUCAAAAUGUAGGUGCCUCUCCUGCAAGAACUAACAGGAGUAAUCCUCAUGAAAAGAAAUACAACACUAUACCUCACUGCUUUUUCAACAUGGCUUCGUUAAACUAGAUAUUGGUGGGUGGAUGGAUAACAUGAGUUUCCUUUUAUGAUUCUUCCGUACAGAAGGCUUCUAUGAACUAGGAAGAACUCUUGAGUUUUAAAAUGGUUCUUUUGGAUAAGGAAACACUGGGAAAUUUCUGAGUAUCACCCAGUGUCCAUGUUAUAAGAUGAUAGCAACACUGGAACUUAUUGUAGAUAACUCUGAAAUUGUCUUCACUCUGAAAUUUUCAUGAAGAAUGUUCCUUCCCUUUCUCUAACCAGAUGUUUCACAGAGAUGUUAAAGUGUAACAUAAACACAGAGAAUUGUUGGCCAUUUUGGCCUGAUUUUUUCUCUUGUGAUGUGGCAUUAGUAGACAAAAAACCAACCGGGUCAUGUGUUUGUAGUAUUUUUUUUUCUUUAAAAUGUGAUCUUAAAUUACCUCUGAAUAUUUAAGAUGCUGCUUGCCUUAAGUAACAAAAGUAUCAUUCGUCUGAGGGAACUUGGUUUACAGUUUAUAUCAGGGAUUAAUGUUUACUUGAAAAAUAAGUAUUUGGGGCUUACUUAGUCAGCUCAUAGACAGAGAGGAGACCACCUUCUGCUAUUGCUGUCCUAAGGUUGAUUUUUCCUAUGCUUCCUUUUCUAAACACACUAGAUGGACAUGAAGACGGAACUGCCCAUUACAAGGGUAGCAAAGAGUUUCCCACAUUGUUUGUUCCUUGUAAGAGAGAUGUGGGCAGGGAGACCGGAUGAUCAUCAGGUGAGAAGAGCGUUGCUUCCCAGGGCAGAUGCCUCCCAGGGCUGUUCUUAAUUUCUUCCUACUCUGAAGCAAGCCGGACUUCAAAAUUGGAACUGACCUUGGCUGAGGGGGAGAGCAGCAUUUGCAGAGAAAAAUCAGUGAAUAUAUGGAAGGUCAAGUUUCUCUGCAAAUGGCCCCCUAAACCUGAACAUUUGCCUUACCUCCACAAAUGCAGAUAUGAGAGUACUCUUGUGUGAAGGUGACACGUUGUUCUGGCCUAAAAUCCUGUGGGUUCACUGGAGUGUAGUUUCUCAUUGGAUCAUGGCCUUGACAAUUUUGGUGCAAUCAAGCUUCACCCUGUGUCACAAAAGAUUUGAACAUGUCUGCCAGAGUGUGAAAUGCUCACUUGAUAUGCAGCUAUUGUUCUGCAGUUGCUGACAGCCAGUAUUGUUUGUCAGUCAGGUUCUCAGAACUGCAGACUAGACGGUGUGCAAUAUGCGUUUAUUCUGUCUAGUGUCCCAUGAGCGUAUAGGAUAUUGGCUGUUUUGCUUUUAGUUUUAUAUGUCUGUAUGAAAAAAAUAGUUUUUAAGAUGGAUGAGUUGAUUUUAUAAGAUGAGGGGAAACUAUUCCCUGUUCGAAUGAAUCUUUCCGUUAGGUCCCUAAAAUAUGUUUCACUCCAGGCUUGGCACACUUUUAAACAGCAAAAUAUGUAACAAGGUAGAGUUGGACUUUUUAUCUUUUAAUGGCAUUUUUGUUAAACAAAAAGAGUAUUAUCUGGAGAUUUGUGUUUUGGGGGUUUUUUGUAUUUAUAUGUAACUUUAUUUCUACAUGAUCCUGUGUGUUUAAGCAGACUUUUAACCAUGUCAUUGUGUAAAAAUAUCACCUGGGAAGCUCUGGCUGAGGAAGCCCAUAUGUUCUUAUCAAAAGCUACUGAGGACCUUUUUUGAGUUGCAGUUAUGGUCACCUUUCCAUGUUAGGGAUGGUUAUUCAAUAAAAAAGCACAAAAUGCUAA